ACGAAUCAGGAGAAGAUUUUACGGAUGAAGGUUUAUUUGAUAGUCCAGAAAGGAAUUCUCCUUGCUAUAUAACAGUGGAAAGACCUGAUGGAGAAAUUGAGCAUAUAAAGGUGAUUGCUGAAAAAGAUGAGUUUUCCUCCUACUCUACUGCAGCGUUCAUCAAUCCAGGAUUUUCUGCGGAACUAGAGACAAAGAAAAAAGACAAAUUUUCUCCGUUUAAUAAGAAAUCUGGUGUAGUGGGUAGAAGAAGGAUUAUAUCUAAGACUGGAGAUAUAAAUGUUCAACUCUACAGGGUGUCUAGGAAAAGACGACAAUUCAUAAAAGAUGUAUUUACAACAUGCGUGGAUAUGAAAUGGAGAUGGACCCUGCUGGUCUUCACGUUAAGCUUUUUUGUAUCAUGGUUGAUUUUUGCUGUAAUUUGGUAUUUAAUAGCUCUUAUCCACGGUGAUUUGGAACCUGAUAAUCUACCACAAAAUCAGGGUGACUCGGGUUGGGUUCCAUGUGUUUAUGAAAUCUCAAACUUCGCCUCCGCUUUCUUAUUCAGUGUGGAAACCCAGCACACUAUUGGAUAUGGGUCACGAGGAACAUCAGACCUAUGUGAGGCGGCAAUCAUAUGUGAAUCCUUCCAAUCUAUUCUGGGGGUCAUUAUUCAGGCAUGUAUGGCAGGAAUUGUAUUUGCCAAGCUAGCUCGACCAAAGCAAAGAUCUAACACUGUCAUGUUCUCCAGGAACGCAGUUAUAACUCUAAGGAACGGAGAUUUCUACCUGAUGUUCCGAGUUGGGAACAUGAGAACAAGUCAGCUGUUAGAAGCGCACUGCAGAGCACAGUUUAUUCACAAGGAUUGAUCAGAACUCCCCCCUGUGGAAGAUGGGCCCCAAGGAACUCCUGAGCUACAAGUUUGAGAUUAUUGUGAUCCUAGAGGCUAUUGUUGAACCUACUGGGAACAAUACACAGGCCAGAUCUUCCUUUAUACCAAGUGAGAUUCUCUGGGGGCACAGAUUUGACAGUAUGGUUAGCUAUCUCAAGCAUAAGGGUGUGUAUGCUGUGGAUUGCUGUGGUAUGAAUCAAGUAUCACCAGAUCAUAUUACUCCAAUGAUCUCGGCUAAAGACUACCAUGAUCUCAAACAAAGAAGGGUUUUACCUUCAAGAAGAGGUAGUCUUCAAGUUCCGUCAUUUUUACCUUCGCAUAUGAAAAAACAACAGAACCAUUCUGGAAGAAUGUCUCAGAUGUCUAUCAAUGAUUUAAAUAAGUUUAUUGCUCAGCAUCAGGAUUGCAAUGAUACUACUGAGGAUGAGGAAGUGGAUGGAUAUGUGGCUGGAUCACAAAGCAGAAGAACAUCAUUAUAUCCAUACUUAUUCAACAAGGACUAUGAAGGACACAGCAGUGGUGAGCAGAACGAGAAGUCUAUACCCCCUUCUCCAAACAAGAUGUCCUCAUCUCCAAAUAAGAUGUCCUCUUCUCCAAAUAAGAUUUCUUCUUCACCAAACAAGAUUUCUGCUUCACCUAACAAGAAAAAAAGUUUUCCAGAAAAAAAUAUGGAGGAUAUUCUAGAGAAACAAGACUGAUAGGGAAUUAAGUAUAUGACCGCGAGAACUUUAACAUUUUAGUUAAAAAUAAAUUGUUUAAGUUUACAACUCUGAAAAUUCGGAGGUUUACAUCUGGAAACGUGAAUGAAUUUUUUUUUUUUCAUUUUGUUCUAAAAAUCCUACAUAAAUACACACUAGACCCUAUGUAUUAGUUAAAUCAGAUUUUCUUAUCCCUAUAUCUUUGUAACCCAUGUAAGAAUUAGAAUCUUUGAGUUUGUGGUAAAGACUGAAUUUUUUUCAGUAAACUUUCUAAUUCCUUGACCAACAAACCAAAAUGAAAAGACAACAAUUUUCUUUUAAUUGGAUUCAAAACAUGGUUUUCAAUCGUCGUUGUCUGUACAUAUGGAAUUUAUGUUGUACUAUAUAUAGAGAUAUAUGUUUGUGCAUGGAGUCACCCGUAUUUUACUUCUUCAGCAUUUUAUAAAUAUUUUCUUAUUUCUCUUAUAGAGGAUUAUUGAUUGAAAACUAUACAUUUUGUAAAUAUUUGACAUGUUGUUUUGUUAUAAAUUAUAAAAUAAGUCGAAUAAACCGAAAAUUUAACUGACAA